UUGUAAUAUACUGUACUUAAGAGUCUUACGAAAUUAUUAAUACUGCUCUAAAUCCAAAUAAAACCAAAAUCGAACUCGGAACCGUGAACAAAUUGCUUUAACAACCUAUGGAUACGAUUUUUGCUUAAGAAUACUUUUGUGAUCAUUUGGCACAGACCAGCCACAAGGACAACCGCCUUGGAUGUUGUUCGGAUGAUACCGAUCGUUAGUAGUGACUCCAAUACAUAUCUUCCCGUUACUGAAUGGGAAUUUCGGACAUGCAGCCUCCUGGUUCCCUACGUUUUCGCUCUUAUGGCAUGCACGCUGGAAGUGGCGAUGCUGGCAUGCAGAAUCCGCUGCGAGCAUAUCCGCGCAAUCCACUGUCGCCCGAGAACCUCGCACCGCGUCCACGACUGUUUCUGGGCGACAAUCGCGGUGAUAACUACGGCGCACCAGCGCUGAAAAGUCCCACGUUCGAUCGCAACGAUUCACGCAGCGGUCCGUUUAUCUUCCUGCUGGUCAGUGUCACCGCACUGAAAUUCCUCUUUAUUCCCGCCUACCGUUCCACCGACUUCGAAGUGCACCGCAACUGGCUGGCUGUGACGCAUUCGCUGCCCGUGCGCCAGUGGUACGUCGAAGCCACGUCAGAGUGGACGUUGGACUAUCCGCCGCUCUUCGCCUGGAUGGAAUAUCUCCUCUCCCACGUGGCGCGACUCUGUGAUCCCCGUAUGCUGAUGAUCACCAAAUUGCCGUACGCCAGCCACGCCACCGUCGUCUUUCAGCGCGUCUCGGUGAUUGUGCUGGAUGCGACGUUCGUGUAUGCGACAUACCAAGGUUAUCGUUAUUUACUGCAGCGCGCACUGAGCGCCAAGAGCCGCGCGGCGUAUUCACCCGGGACGAUUUAUGCCUGUCUGAUGUUGUGGAAUGUGGGCCUGUUAAUUGUGGAUCAUAUUCAUUUUCAGUAUAAUGGAUUUUUAUUGGGGUUUGUCCAGUUGGCGGUGAUUCGGAUGGUGGAGAAACGGUAUUUUGCUGCGGCGCUGUGGUUCAGUGUGGCGUUGAAUUUUAAGCAUAUUUUUCUGUACAUGGCCCCGCCGUUCGGCAUAUUUCUCCUGCGACAAUGCUGCUUUCCCGAGGGGAUUUCGCUCAAAAAUUUUAAUAUUAAAGCCUUUGCCAUUUUGGGGGGGAUUUUUCUAGCCGCUUCCGCAGUUUCCCUGGGUCCGUUUAUUUAUUUAAAUCAGCUGGGACAAGUCAUCAGCCGACUGUUUCCUUUCCAACGGGGUUUAACGCACGCCUACUGGGCGCCGAAUUUUUGGGCCUUGUACAACACUGCGGAUAAAUUUCUCACGAUCGGCGCGACGAAACUGCAGUUUAUUCAUUUACCGAAUGGGACGGCGGCGUUAACAGGAGGCUUGGUGGGUGGGCAAGAGCAUACUCUAUUGCCCAGUAUUACUCCGUCCGUGACCAUGCUGCUUACCGUAUUGGGAAUGCUGCCGGCAUUGUGCAUGCUGUGGAAUGCCAAAACGGGGGAUCAGUUCGUCAAGGGUUUGACUAUCUGCACACUCUCAAGCUUCCUUUUCGGCUGGCAUGUGCACGAAAAAGCCAUUCUGCUGGUGACCAUUCCGUAUACGUGGCUGGCGAUUAAUAACAAUAAGGAUGCCAAGAUUUAUUUGAUUUUGACGACGGCGGGGUAUUUUGGACUCCACCCGCUGCUGUUCACCGCACCGGAAGUGUCCCUUAAGUAUAUGAUGCUGUUUUUAUAUGGAUACGUUUUAUUUCGACUGUUGAAGGAUCGGUUUCCUCUCAGUCAAUCGGCAUGGAGUGUGUUUCCAUUGCUGAAUGCUGCGGAAUCGUUGUAUAUUUUGGGAUUUUUUGCCGUGGCUUUAUAUGGAGAGUGUAUACAUUUUGUUUUGCAUUUGGAUAGAAACCUGCCAUUCCUUCCUCUCAUGAUCACAUCCGCAUACAGUGCUCUUGGCGUUGUGUAUGCGUAUGUCAAGUUGUUGCUCUCUGGUAUGCGAUAAAUUAAGUAUUUUCCGAUAGGCUGUUACGCCUUUGAGGAAAAGAGUUUUAAAAAAUUUUAGAGGCUACUUUGUAUGUUUUAACCAGUUUAUACCCGAAAAGCCAUUAAAACCCUGGG